GUCUUAGGGUAUUUUUGUCGAUUGAACGCAUGUCAUGCUGGUAGACGGUGGAAACAUUGAAUUGACAGUUACACCUUGGAGAAAGAUAUACCGGACACGUCGUUUUAUUUAUUUGUAAUUGUAGCCUGAUGUUCACCAGAUAUAUGCUACGUGACGUUUUGAGUCAUCGGUAGCUGAACCCUGUAACUCGGCUAUCCAAGACUGGUAUUUUAUUAGUCAACUUCUGUAGCUGUACUAUCAUCGGCUGCUAUCAAGCGCUCAAACAUCAAUGAGACUUUGAGUUAGACUAGCUAUCAGUUCGAUAGCUAGUCUAACUGACUUGAUCCUACUGAUUAGCUACUGUAGCUGGACUUCAGUUAGCUUCAGUACCAUAAAACAGUAUAUAUCGACGUAUUACAAUGCUAACAUAAGCUAACUAGCUGUCAAAGAGACUUUGACCCAGACCUGUCGAACAUUUUUAACUAGCUAGCUAGACUAAAGAGACAUGCAAACUAAGUCAAUAGCUAGAUAGCUCUUAAGUGUGCUGAAAUUACCAAGCCAAGGCUAGUCCGAGUCGUGACUGUUGCGUGCAGGCUGCAGCAAAACAAGGAGAAUCAUGAUUCCUCGGCCGAGUAAAGAGUUUUUUGUUCGGAUGUCCUUCUACUGGAAACCACUGUUCCGUGGAAGGUUUCUUAUCCUAACGAACACUUUCACCGGGGGUGGUAUGCUGGCCCUUGGAGACAUUUUACAGCAAACCCGGGAGAAACAAAAAGACACUGAAAGAAUACGGGACUGGAGACGAACAGGUCGCAUGUUUGCCGUUGGCUGCUCCAUGGGACCUGUACUGCACUACUGGUAUUCCUGGUUGGACAAGAUCUAUGUUGGCAAAGCUAUACGGACAGUUGGGAAGAAAGUGUUGGUGGACCAACUGAUUGCAUCUCCAACCCUUGGUGCUUGGUACUUUGUAGGGAUGUCAGUAAUAGAAGGACACACAGCAUCUAAAGGCUGGGAGGAAUUCAAAGACAAAUUCUGGGAGUUCAUUAAGGCUGACUGGUGUGUCUGGCCUGCUGCACAGAUGAUAAACUUCUAUUUUCUCUCACCCAAAUUCCGGGUCCUCUAUGUGAACACAAUCACCUUAGGUUGGGACACCUAUCUCUCCUAUCUCAAACACAGAGAUGAUGGACAACCAGGAGGGGUGUCAGACAUUGGUCUCAUGGAGGUGACGCAGGAGGUUGUUGGGUCAACACCUCCCCCCAAACCUCUAGAGGAGAGUGUGUGAAAGUCCUACAACCAAAACUCCAAAGUUCUAUUUGGGAUUUUCUUUUCUUGGAACAGUUUUCCCCUUGCACGGGUAUACUUUCAAUUGGUUAAUAUGUAUAUUUAUUUAUACAUGUACAUUUAAUCCCAAACUCUUGUCUAACACCUUUUUAAAUCAGGGAUCAAAUGCUUGUCAUGCUGCCUCUUAGGCUGACCACAACAUGGAGAAUGAUCAUACAUAUCAAUAAUCAUGGUUCUUUAUUUCAUCAUUACUUCUAUCAAGCUAUAACUAGCUGAUUUUGACAGUAUGAUAUUCAAUCUUGCCUUAAUGCGGUCCUUACCUGUUACAUUGUGUCACUGUGCCAAAUAUUCACUCCCUUUUUUUGUAGGGUUCUCUUUUUGAAUAUGUUUGACUAAAAUAUUUAUAAUUUAUGUUAUAUGAAAUGCUUUUCCAUGUACUGCUCUUCUUUUUUUGAAAAAAUAAGUCAGAAACACUUGUGAAAAUUCAAUUCUGAACAUAAUCUUCUAAAUAUGUUUUAAUCAAACAUGCUUAAAAAUCUAAUCUCUUUGGUAUACACUUAGGUAUAGCAAGUGAUAAGAUCCAAUAAUGUAUUUUUCUUCCAACCUGAAUUUAGUUGAGCAAUACUAAGUAUAAAUAUAUAGAUGAUUAAGAUGUACACUGAUAAAACAAAUUAAAUUAUGAUGAAAUG